UUCUUUUUUGUUCUAACUUUUGUGAGAAGAACAAGGCAUAUUUUGUCUUGGAUGAUGGGGAAGAUUGCUUUAAUGGGCCUCUUCCACCCCAGAGGCGAAUUUUCCCAUGCUGUUGCAUAUUGGAUGGGCCAGGCUACUCCCUCAACAGAUCUGAGAAGCUAAGCACUGUCAGUCCUAGUUAGUACUUGGAUGUGAGACUGCCAAGGAAGUCCAGGCAAGCAACAGCAAAUAAUCUCUGUUGGUCUCUUGCUUUGGAAAUCCUGUGGAAUUGCAUCCAUUGCCUGCACCUUGACCACAUUUUCCACCUCCACUGCAGGCGUCCUUAUGGUUUCACUUAAAAUCGCUAAGAGGUAUUAAAAUGUGUGGCUCCAGCUGUCGAUUGUGAAGAUUCUGGAACAAAAAGCAGCCAUUUCCACAUUUCCACGUUUAUGAUGUAAAUGGUGCUCUGGACAAUGGGCGUUUGAACCAUGGACAGGCUAAGAAAAACUGUCUGGACUGGGUUUUUACAUCAGUUCUUUCCUUUCCCCAUGGGAGCUUAUUAGUGGAUUACAGUGGGAAAGGAGGGAAAAAGAGGAGAAAGGGGAAGAAAAUACCUCGAAGUGGAAAGCGAUCCUACAAUGAGAAUUAUGAGCACAUCUUGCAUCUGCCCAGUCCUCGUUUGUCUGUGUUUUGUGCAGAGGUGUUACGGAGCUGCACACCAUGGCUCCAUCAAGGUGACCAGAAACCAAACCAAACCCAUCGAAGGGGAGACGGAAGUGCACCAUCGCCCCAAACGUGGAUGGGUGUGGAACCAGUUCUUUGUUUUAGAAGAGCACAUGGGACCAGAUCCACAGUAUGUUGGAAAGCUGCACUCCAAUUCUGACAAAGGUGAUGGAUCAGUCAAAUACAUACUUACUGGAGAAGGGGCUGGGACUAUAUUUGUUAUUGACGACACUACAGGGGACAUCCAUUCAACCAAAAGCCUCGAUCGAGAGAAGAAGACGCACUAUGUGUUGCAUGCCCAGGCUAUUGACAGAAGGACAAACAAGCCACUUGAGCCUGAAUCAGAGUUUAUUAUCAAAGUACAAGACAUCAACGACAACGCUCCCAAGUUCACCGAUGGACCAUACAUUGUUACCGUGCCAGAGAUGUCUGAUAUGGGUACCUCAGUCCUUCAGGUGACAGCUACAGAUGCAGACGAUCCCACCUACGGAAAUAGUGCCCGGGUAGUAUACAGUAUUCUUCAGGGACAGCCAUAUUUCUCUGUUGACCCUAAAACAGGAGUCAUCAGGACAGCCCUGCAUAACAUGGACAGGGAAGCCAGAGAGCAUUACUCGGUUGUCAUUCAAGCCAAAGAUAUGGCUGGACAAGUCGGAGGAUUGUCAGGAUCGACCACCGUCAAUAUAACGCUCACCGAUGUCAACGACAACCCCCCCAGGUUCCCUCAGAAACAUUAUCAGUUGUAUGUUCCUGAGUCGGCACAAGUUGGCUCGGCAGUGGGCAAAAUCAAGGCCAACGACGCAGACGCUGGGUCGAAUGCAGAUAUGAAAUACACAAUUAUAAAUGGGGAUGGCUCUGGAGUCUUUGCCAUAUCAACUGACAAGGAAACACGAGAAGGAAUUAUCUCCCUGAAGAAGCCACUCAACUAUGAAAAAAAGAAAUCCUAUACUCUUAAUAUAGAAGGAGCAAAUACCCACCUCGAUUUCCGCUUCUCACACUUAGGACCUUUUAAAGAUGUAACUAUGUUGAAGAUUAGUGUUGGCGAUGUGGAUGAGCCACCAGUGUUCACUUUGCCUUCCUAUGUCAUGGACGUUUAUGAGAAUGCCAAGAUUGGGACCAUUGUGGGCACCGUAACAGCACAAGAUCCAGACAGUACUAACAACAUAGUAAGAUAUUUGAUUGAUCACCAUACAGAAGAAGAUACGUAUUUCACCAUUGAAGCCAACACUGGAACCCUUAAGACCGCCAAGGUUUUUGACAGGGAAGAAAUCUCUUGGUACAAUAUCACAGUCACCGCUUCUGAAAUUGACAGUCCCGGACUACUGAGCCAUGUCCCUGUUGGAAUUAAAAUCCUCGACGUCAAUGACAACCCUCCAGAACUUGCUGGAAACUAUGAUGUGGUUGUAUGUGAGACUGCAAAGCCUGGGCAGAUUAUUCAGACUAUCAGUGCCACCGACAAAGAUGACUUUACCAACGGACAAAGGUUCCGGUUUUCUCUGGACAACAGUCUUUCUUUAAAUCCCAACUUUACGCUGAAGGACAAUGAAGAUAACACAGCCAGCAUUGUGACCCGAAGAAGGCGAUUUAGUCGGACGAUCCAGGAUGCAUAUUACCUCCCUGUUGUGAUCUCUGAUGGGGGGAUCCCUUCUCUCAGCAGCAGUGCCACCCUAGUGAUCCACGUGUGUGCAUGUGAAAGAGAUGGGCGUGUGCGAACCUGCAGUGCUGAGGCAUUCCUUUCCUCUGCGGGACUAAGUACGGGAGCCUUGAUUGCCAUCCUGCUGUGUGUCGUCAUUCUCCUGGCAAUAGUGGUCCUUUUCAUUACACUAAGACGCAGCAAAAAGGAGCCUCUGAUAAUCUCAGAAGAGGAUGUCCGGGAAAAUGUUGUCACCUACGAUGACGAAGGUGGGGGCGAGGAGGACACCGAAGCUUUUGACAUCACUGCUCUUCGGAACCCGUCAGCAGCUGAAGAACUGAAGUAUCGGAGGGAUGUUCGGCCUGAAGUGAAGCCCACACCCAAACAUCCCACUUCAUCAAGCCUUGAUAGCAUAGAUGUUCAGGAAAUUAUUCGACAAAGACUGGCUGAAGCAGACUUAGACCCUAGCGUACCACCAUAUGAUUCUCUACAGACAUACGCAUAUGAGGGUCAAAGGUCAGAAGUGGGAUCUGUCAGUUCUUUGGAUUCAGCUACCACACAUUCUGACCAGGAUUAUAAUUACCUUGGUGACUGGGGACCAGAGUUUAAGAAGCUAGCUGAAAUUUAUGGAGAAAUAGAAUCUGAAAGAACAACUUAAUUAAUUCUUCCCCAACCAAGGAACAUUUUAGUUUCCCCAAGCAAUUUGGAGGCAUAAUGACAACAGAGAUUUUAAAAAAGAGAGGAGAUAUAUAUAUAUAUAUGAAUACAGUACUUGGAACAAACAGAGCAGAUGUGCACAUUUACUGUAGAAACAAGUGCCCUUUUCGCAUUUGAAACUGGGUUCUUCAAUUGGAAGAAAGUCAAAUUUGGGGGGAAAUAUACCCCAGAAAGAAGAUUGUCCCUUUGUGUAUAUUUUUAAUUGCUCAAUAAAGUCUGUGGUGCAGUAUCAGUAAAGAUACCUUAAGUAAACCAAACAAUGGCCAAUAUUAUUGCAGUAUCCCCUAAACAAACCAGAACUACAGUGAGUUUCUAGGGAUGCCUGCUCACAAGAAGGACUCGGGAUGAUUGGAAUGGUUGUGGCACUGUGUGUCUUGCUCUGUUUAUAGGCUUAAGGUAACCAUCAGGAGGAUAAUUUACUUCGGUUUCACUAAACCUCAGAAAUCCAAUUUUCUUUUCCAGGAAUGUGCAUUGGAAUUAUUUUAUAAAUGCCAUAUUGGUGUCUGCCCUUACUAACAUGCAGCUGAAUUGUACUUAAACACUCGACUCUCUUGUGGAAUGUAACAUUUCACUAGGCCAAACCUAAAUCUUUCCAUCCACGAAGGAGGUAAUGAAGCACGAGUUACUUGGUAGUUUAUUGGAGCAGGCUUAUGAUCACCCCCCACCUUGAAUUUGUAUUGAUUGGCACUGAGACUGCUGCUUCUGUUUUACAGUAACCAUAUUGGGUACAGUUUUUUAACAAAAAAAAAGGGGAUUGUUUUGUUCUGCUCUGCAGCAAAGUAGAAGAUGAAUGAAGUUGGUUUAAAAAGUCCUUGUUCUGUUAUGCAUUCAGCUAUGCAAAAGCUUGGAUUGACUGGUCUUCCUUGGGACUGGUGAAUGUAGAUAAGAUGGAGCCGGUGACAGACCACUCUGAAUCCCAAAAUAAAACAGUCACAUGAUAA